CCCUCUUUACUUUCUCUCCCCACUCUCUUCCCUCCCCUUUCCUUUAUUUCCUCCGAAUCCAAACACACAAAUUUCAAAAUCCAAACCAAAAAAAAAAAAUCAAAACAAAAAACUCAAAUCUCGAAGCUCCAACAAUGGCGGCAUCAUCAGCAAGAGACGAAAAUGUAUACAUGGCGAAACUCGCCGAACAAGCAGAGCGUUACGAAGAAAUGGUGGAAUUUAUGGAAAAAGUCGUGUCUGCUGCUUGCGAAGGCGAAGAACUAACAGUUGAGGAGCGAAAUCUUCUCUCUGUCGCAUACAAAAACGUGAUUGGAGCUCGUCGUGCUUCAUGGAGGAUCGUAUCAUCGAUCGAACAAAAGGAAGAAAGUCGUGGAAAUGAAGAUCAUGUUUCCACCAUUAAAAGUUACAGAUCUAAGAUUGAAUCUGAACUUUCUAAAAUCUGUGAUGGUAUUCUUAAGCUGCUUGAAUCUAAGCUUAUUCCUGUUGCUUCUAAUCCUGAUUCAAAGGUGUUUUAUCUUAAGAUGAAAGGUGAUUAUUAUCGUUAUUUGGCUGAGUUUACCACUGGAUCUGAAAGGAAGGAGGCUGCUGAGAAUACUCUCUCCGCUUAUAAAGCUGCUCAGCAGGAUAUUGCGAAUGACUUGCCUCCAACACAUCCUAUUAGGCUUGGUCUUGCACUUAACUUCUCAGUCUUCUAUUACGAGAUCCUCAACUCCCCUGAUCGUGCCUGCAGUCUGGCUAAACAGGCCUUUGAUGAAGCUAUUGCCGAGUUGGACACCCUUGGUGAAGACUCCUACAAAGACAGCACUCUGAUCAUGCAGCUACUCCGGGAUAAUCUGACUUUGUGGACUUCCGAUAUGCAGGAGGAUGGAGCUGAUGAGAUCAAAGAAUCAUCCAACAAGCAGGACGAAGAAAAGUGAAACCUUGUUCUUUAGAAUUAGGAUUUCCUUUUUUUGACUUGCAAUGGUUUAUUUUUGAAUUGAGGGUGCUGCUGAAUAUUUGACAGUUCCUAGCUGUUGUCUUGAUUUUAAGUUAUAUCGAACAAUAUCUUUUUCUAAA